CCGUACUGUUUUGUUACGUCACAAUCCUGCGACUGCCCGUGAGUUCGAGAGCGCAGCAGUUUCAAGCGUUUCUGACUGCAGAGUAACGCAGAGGCCAACAGGAGAAAGGGGUUACACUUCCAUCUAAGGGAACCAUCACUGCUGGGGGAAUUGCUUCCUCCUCAUCUUCCUCCUCCAGUCCAUCAUGAGUGGGAGCGAUGAUGAUGAUGAUGUUCCCACUCUGUCUGCUCACACUCUGGCUGCCCUGCAGGAGUUUUAUGAGGAGACUGGAGCUAGUCCGGACCACCAGGCAAUUCCCUCCGACCCGUUCAGUGUAGGAGCUUUGGAGGAGGACUGGAUUCUGGUUCCUGAUGACUCAGUGUUACCGAUCGCAUGGACUCUUGUGUUGCAGCGGAUGAGUCAGUUCUGGUACAGCGAUGAGACGGCAACACGGCUGGCGGAGGAGGUGGUGCGAGAAGCUGGAGAAGGAGGCAGGAUAGCCUGUGUGAGCGCGCCCAGUGUGUACCAGAAGCUGAAGCAGGGCGUGGUGGACGGUUCAGAGCGAGUCACUGCCGUCGUCUUGGAGUUCGACCGCCGCUUCUCCACCUACAGAGAGGACUACGUUUUCUACGACUACAACCAGCCGCUGUCUCUCCCGGUGAGUGUGGAGCCACGCAGCUUCGACAUCGUCCUGGCCGACCCGCCGUACCUGUCCGAGGAGUGUCUGAGCAAAGUGGCCGAAACCAUCAAGUACUUGAGCAAAGGCAAAGUGCUGCUGUGCACAGGAGCCAUCAUGGAGAAUCUCGCCAAAGAGCUGCUGGAUGUUAAAAUGUGCAGCUUUGAGCCCCGGCACAACAGAAACCUCUCCAACGAGUUCCGAUGUUUCGUCAACUACCCGUCCAGCUUGCUGUGUCUCUGAACUCUUGGCCUGAUUCGAGCAGGGACUGUCUUUGGCAAAUAAGGAUCGUCUUUUUAGGCGAUGCAGAGCAGCAGGAGAAGAGACUUUCACUUCAAUCAACAGAAUGCUCUUUCAUGACUGCUCAUUGAAGGAGCAAAUAUUGACGUUUUUCCAGAAAAAAAUGUCAAACAUCUUAUAAAUCUAAAAUAUGUGACUUUGAUAGUCAGUAGGGGCUGUUUGGUAGGAUAAUAAAUCAAAUGUUGUGUUUUCCAAUAAAAAAUCAUCUCUCAUCUUUAUUUUAA